AUGAAGAGUUCUCCAUUCGUUGGAUCCUUCACCGUGUGGGAUUAUGUGGUCUUUGCUCUCAUGUUACUUGUGUCAGCUCUCAUAGGGGUUUACUAUGCAUUGGUGGGAAGGGGCAAGCAGAGUUCCUCAGAUUUUCUGAUGGGAGGCCGUAGCCUGACGGCUAUGCCUGUGGCACUGUCCCUAACAGCGAGUUUUAUGUCAGCUCUCACGGUGCUGGCCACCCCAGCAGAAGUAUACCGGUACGGGGCAAGUUUCAGUCUCAUCUGCCUGUCCCAAAUCCUGGUGACGGUCAUCAGUUCAGAGGUCUUCAUCCCUGUCUUCUACAGGCUGGGAAUAAACAGUACUUACGAGUAUUUGGAGAUGAGGUUCAGCAGGAUCACUCGUCUGUUUGGAACAGCUUUAUUCAUUUUGCAGACCGUGUUGUACACAGGAAUAGUUAUCUAUACUCCUGCACUGGCACUGAGUACAGUCACUGGAUUAGACCUGUGGGGUGUGGUUAUGUCUACUGGUAUUGUCUGUAUUUUCUACUGCACCAUCGGUGGUCUGAAGGCAGUUGUGUGGACAGAUGUAUUUCAGGUUGGUAUCAUGGUAGUGGGGUUCUUGGCUGUGAUUAUCCAGUCAAUACUCCUCCAGGGAGGAAUCUCCACCAUCUUCAGUGACGCCAUGGAGGGAGGCAGACUCAACGUGUGGGAUUUUGAUCCAAGUCCUCUGAGGAGACACACGUUCUGGACCAUAACAUUUGGAGGGACCUUUGUCUGGCUGAGUGUGUAUGGGAUAAAUCAAGCUCAGGUGCAGAGAUACAUCUCCUGCAAAUCUCUCCUCCACGCCAGAAUGGCUGUUUAUAUGAACUUGGUGGGUUUCUGGGUGAUUCUGCUGUGUUCUGUGUUUGCUGGACUCUGUUUGUUCUCUUUUUAUAAACACUGUGAUCCAUGGACUAACGGACAGGUGUCUGCUCCAGACCAGCUGAUGCCCUACUUUGUCCUGGAUAUUCUGGGAGAUUACCCAGGCCUGGCUGGGCUGUUUGUUGCAGCAGCUUACAGUGGAACCCUGAGCACCGUGUCCUCCAGUGUGAAUGCCUUGGCUGCAGUGACAGUGGAGGAUCUGGUCAAGCCAUUCACCAGCCUAUCAGAGACCAAGCUCUCCUGGACCUCAAAAGCACUGAGUUUUCUCUAUGGUGCUCUCUGCAUUGGGAUGGCUGGACUUGCAUCUAUAAUGGGAAACUUGCUACAGGCUGCUGUCACUGUAUUUGGUAUAGUUGGUGGCCCACUGUUGGGGCUGUUCUCUUUAGGCAUUCUGUGUCCAUGGGCCAACUCUACAGGGGCCCUGGCAGGAGUGUUAAGUGGAUUGGCUCUGUCUCUGUGGGUGGGCAUUGGAGCCCAGAUCUAUCCCCCUACCCCAGAGAGCAGCAGACCACUCCCUCUUUUAACAAAUGGCUGUAACGACACCAUGUCUACCAACAGCCUAAACUGGACCCUUGGAUCCACAGUGCCAAGCAUGCUCAGUAACGGACAACAGGAACAAGCACUGAACAGGUCGGUCUUGGCUGAUAACUGGUACUCCUUGUCCUAUAUGUACUUCAGUCCAAUGGGAAUGUUAACUGCCAUUGCUGUGGGACUGGUUGUAAGCCUGCUGACAGGGGGGCGGAAGCUAAAAGUUGAACCAGAACUGAUGUUGCGGAAAGAGGAUCUAGCUUGUUACGGAGUCUACAAACAAUUCAAAGACAGAGUAAGCAUACGAACAAAGCAAUAUUGGAAUAAGUUCCACAUAUUGUAA